AUGUCUGUGCAGAGAACUGGACUAAUCACCAAAGGAAGGAAUAGCCAGGCCAUUGAAAAACUCCAGACCGAACACACCCACAGCCAGCAACAGAUCAGGGACCUGGAGACAAAGUUGGAAGAAAUACAAGACCAUGUUCUGUCCAAGUUAAAAGCUGUGGAAGCUAUUCAGGAAAAGAAUACUUCUCUGCAAGAAGAAAUCACUUCUCUGAGAAAUACACUUGGAUAUAUGAAAGGAACCGAGUCAGGGCUCUAUCAGACUGCUGCUCCAGUCCAUUUCCAGCAUAUUUCAGAGUCUGAAACCAGCAUCACAACCAAGCCUUCCGAGAAAGUCGUAUUUUCCCGGUUCACAGAGUCCAGGUCGACAGUCACUCUUCUUCGUGGGAGAACUUCGUCUAGGAUGGUCCGAUUCCCUAUAUCUUCUCUCGUGACGGUGGACAAAUCUUUAGGUAACACCAACAGCUCUCUACUACAAAAACAGUACCUUUCUUGCUCUGACACCUUUGAUAAAGAAGAACUCGGAAAAGGUCAGGACUAUAUGAGAACAUUGUUUGGUGACACUAAGAAGAUCAGUAAUGAACUGAUGGAGAAAGCAGGACGGUCCCGAAUUCCAGCCGAGUACUACAGUUCGUCAUCAUCCAGGUAUGUUGGGAAUCUUAAAAUUACUGACGUUCAUUUUAGUGGCCAUUAUGUGAAAAUAAUCAAUAAUUCCUCUGAUAAAGAAGAAAGCAUUGGAGAUUAUACUCUUCAGCAGAAUAUGAAUGGCCACCCAACAGCCAUUUUUAGAUUCCCCCCCAACAUCCGAAUGAAGCCAAACUCCUGUGUGACGGCCGUGGCUUGGUACACGCCCAUCAACUGGAAGAGGAAGUCAUCGAAGGUGAUGCAAUUGGAUGGGAGACUCAGCCGGAAAUCCAUGCAGGCAAUUAGAAGAGCCAAGGCCCAAUCAAAAGGGGACCAGUGGGAAGAGAGAGUGUUUGAUAUAUGGCAAGGCAUGCCCAAUAAAAGCCAUCUGACGGAACCCGAACCAGAUUACAUCCUAAGGGAAAAAAGGAUGCCCCCCAUCCGGCGCCCUGUCCAGAAUUCAUGGUGCCAAAGUCCGAGCUCUCCCACGCACCCCCAUUAUACUCUGGGGAGGACCCUCCCACCAGGCAGCAAGGAAAUCCACAUGUUGAGCCAAACCAGGACGCAGGCGGUGAAAUCUUUCCUUGAUCUUGGUGAGUUUAAGAUCACUCAUAGAGGGCUGGACUUGCUAUAA